UCCGCUUUUUCAACCUCAACAAUGGUCGUGACUGUGUUGUGGACCUCUUCCUGGCUGGUUCCAAUAAUCUCCAUUACUGUGCUAUGUGUUGGUGUGAUUUUCCUACUGUUUUGUUUAUGUAUUCAAAAACGCCAAAACCGGAAAACCUUCCAAGUGUCCAAUAGUUCAUUAAGUAAAUUGAUGAUUUUCCGGAAAUGCCAAACGAGCUCGGCGAGCUUACCCGUCCACGAGGAGAACAAAGAUUUGCUGGAUUCAGUUGAUGUUUCACACCGGUUUACUUCGUCGAAAUUAAAAAUCGACAAUUUGGAGGAUUUCGAUGAGGCGAAAUCGUGCGACAGCACUGAUUCGAGAUUCACAUUCUACUCGACGUACCCAGGAUUCGGCCGAUCGGACUCCACCGCCUCCGAUUACAAAAGCACCCGAGAUUCGUUCAACAAAACCAAAUCGUUCUCAAAUUUCUUACAAUAACACAAAAUUGUAAAAAUCAUGGAAAAUAAAUAAAAUUUUGUAUGUAAUUUUUGCGAAAAAUUAAAUUCUA